UAAAAGAAGGAUCCUCUCCCCCACAGCUCCUCUCUGAUCCAGUCUUUCCCUCAGGCUCUUCUCGGCUCUUAGACAUGCCAAAGUUACAAAGAUACAGAGGAGUCAGGCAGAGGCACUGGGGCUCAUGGGUCUCCGAAAUCCGACACCCUCUCUUGAAAACUAGGAUUUGGUUGGGGACUUUUGAGACUGCCGAGGAUGCGGCCAGGGCGUACGAUGAGGCUGCAAGGCUCAUGUGUGGGCCGAGAGCAAAGACCAACUUCCCGAUUGAUCCUAAUGGUACCAGCACGCCAUCGGCCCUCUCACCAAGCCUCAUGGCAAAGCUGGAGAAGUGCUGCUUAAUUUCUCAGGAAGAGACUAAGAGAGCAAAGGUGGCGAAGGUAGACGGCGAUGAAGAGGUGGUCAAGUUGGAUGAGGAGUAUAUCGAGGAGAUGAUCGAGGAGCUUUUACAUUAUGGAUCUGUGGAGAUAUCUUGCUCUUCUUGUUCUUCUUCCUCCUCCUCUUCUUCUUAGCUGUGAGCUUCUGUAAUUCUGUGUUUUGAUAUGGAAAUGAGCAAAUAGUAUGCUGUGACUGUACAUGAGCUGUGAAGUGAUCAAGUUGGGUUUUGUCAAUGUUUUGGAUAUUUAUGAGUAGCAGGGUUUGUUUUU